UCAUGUAUCUACAAUCGGUGUGUCAAAUGUCAGGUAGGCAAGAAUUUAUUCCACAUCACAAUUUUACAAAACUUUGAAAAUAUAUCCGUAAAGAAUCAAAUUUGUUCUAAUUCAUUUCAAAAGCUAUCUGGGCCGUCAUUGAAGUUGGGCUCUGAAAUAUGCUGAUAACUUGACAACUUCUAACACUGCUGCCCAUAAAUUGAAAAUAUGGGUCUCUGCAAGUGCCCCAAAAGGAGGGUGACUAAUAUGUUCUGUUAUGAACAUAGAGUUAAUGUUUGUGAAACAUGUUUGGUCACCAAUCAUCCAAAGUGUAUUGUGCAGUCUUAUCUGAAGUGGUUGCAAGACAGUGACUAUGAAGCAGUAUGCUACGUGUGUUUGAGAGACCUCAAGUCUGAAGAUUGUGUGCGUCUCUUAUGCUACCACAUAGUGCACUGGAAAUGCCUGGAUACAGCAGCCAGAGCUCUGCCGCAAACGACGGCUCCGGCCGGCUACAAAUGUCCGCAGUGCGACUUCCCCAUCUUCCCGCCUCUCAAUCUGGUGUCGCCCGUUGCCGACAUCCUCAGGGAGAGGCUGGCCGGCGUCAACUGGGCUCGUGUCGGCCUUGGACUGCCACUGCUGAGUGAAGAAAUUGAAGUUCGCCCAGUAACUGAAGGAAAUUCAACUGAGCCGCCGAAACCUAUGUGCAUAGAAAAUGGGAUGAGCAACGAUGCAGUUGUGCACGUAGAGGACCCCAUACUUCCAUUCGGACCAUCUGAAACUUUCGGUCACGUCCCAAGGAGAACCCACCAGAAUGUUGAUGAGAGUGCUCCGCUGAUUGGCAGCGAUGUUCUCCACUACCCAGACCAUGAUGAGAACAAAUACAAGCGCCGAUCAGCUAGUGAAUGGAUUUUCAGAUGGUUGAAAUCGGUCUCAAGUCAGAGAGUACCCGGCUACAAGCCAGGCCACCUCUAUCGUAGAUACGUCAUGGCUGCUAUUCUGGCUUUCCUUCUCUUGUGUGCUCUCAUCGUGGUGUUUUCAAAACUGGGGAGCAUUGUAACUGCCAAUGAUCCAUCUUUCCUGCCAGAAAACAACCCUAUGGUCAAGUUUAGUGACGAAUGAUUCUUCGUGCAUUCCACUUUCAUUCUGUAAAUACUUCUAAUUGUGUUUCACUUCCAUUGAAUAAUCACUUCUUUCUAGAUCGUUAUCGAAUUAUUCGAACUUUGACUUUGCUCAUUUGAACAAUUAUAAACAAUUGUUCAUGGCAGACUAUCGAUAAUUCUAUAAAUUCGAUAUUGCUAAUUCUCUAGAAUGGAAAACACACAAUACUUGUAUAUAUACUGCUGAUGUGUUUCAUUUAUGGUAAUCCUACUCAUAACUGAAUAUUUAUGUUAUCCAAAUGUACAUUAUCAGUAUUCGAUGAUUAAUUAUAAUAACCAAUCAUUGUAAAACGCAUCCUUAUCAAUUGUUUAGAUAUUUGCAAUGAAUAUUUUUAUGCAAUGGUCGUAUAAGUAUUCAUUUAUUCUCAUUUCAACUAUUUGUACAUUUGAAUCUGUAUGACAUUAUAAAGAACUUGUUGAAUAAUAUA